AUGCGCUGUGCAGGCUGCGCAGAAUGCGUACAUCCCGUAGCGGUUUCGAUAAUGGCGUCUGACUCCGAGAUGCGCUCGGCUUUGGAAAAAUGAAGCGUAGAAGAGCUUAUUUCCAGUGAUUGACGCGGGGCUUAUUUCCAUUCGCGGACCUUGCCUCUCUUGGUUCACGUUCCGAUCUCAGUCGCGACGCCCAGCCCGAGAUGAUGAAGCUCAAGUCGAACCAAACGCGCACCUAUGAUGGAGACGGGUACAAGAAGCGGGCCGCCUGCCUGUGCUUCAGGAACGAGACCGAGCAGGAGGUGUUAUUGGUAAGCAGCAGCAGAUACCCAGACAAAUGGAUCGUACCCGGAGGAGGAAUGGAGCCCGAGGAAGAGCCCAGCGUCGCUGCUGCCCGAGAAGUCUGUGAAGAGGUUUGGCUUUCAUCUCUAGGAUUAUGCAUGAAAUAGAUUAUCAUCAUCAUG